AUGGGAAAUCUUUGUGAGACAAAUGAAACCCAAAAGAUGACUUCUGUUUAGAUGCCUUCCAAAUAAUAAUAAGAGGAAACGAUGGGAUAAUCUUCAGAGAUGAAUUUACACUUUUCAAGUCAAUAGGAAUAGGCUAGAAAGAAGUUAAGUAUAGACGAUUUUGAGAUGCUUAACCAAUUAGGAAAAGUAAGGGAUUAUAGAAUACGAUAGAUUCUUAGGGUGCUUUUGGAAAAGUGUAUAAGGUGAAAAAGAAAGACAAUAGUAAAAUCUAUGCAUUAAAGGCUAUGAACAAGAAACAAAUAUUUGAUAGCAAUUUAGAAUAAAAUGCAGUUAUUGAAAAAGAAGUAUUGAAUAAUAGUAAGCACCCAUUCAUAGUCCAUUUAAAAUAUUCAUUUCAAAGUAAAACUAAACUUUAUUUUGUGAUGGAAUAUAUUGAUGGUGGUGAAUUUUAUUAGAUUCUUCAAAGAACAUAAGGACUACCUGAGCCUGUUGUAUAAUUUGUAGCAGCUGAAGUAAUUUUAGCUUUAGAAUAUCUUAAUAUGAAAUUAAAAAUUAUAUAUAGAGAUUUAAAACCAGAAAAUUUGUUAUUGACUAAAUCAGGACAUGUAAAAUUAACUGAUUUUGGUCUAGCUACCAAAAGAAAAGAAAGCAAUAUAAAGUCUUAUACAUUAGUUGGUACAACUGAAUAUUUGGCACCAGAAAUUAUAAGAAAGGAUGGACAUUCUUUUGAAGUAGAUUUAUGGACUUUAGGGAUUUUAAUUUAUGAAAUGAUUGCUGGUAAAACACCAUUUUCACAUCCUGAAAGAAAUCAAAUGAAAAUUUAGUAUCUCAUUUUAAAGAAUAAUCCAGUUUAUCCACCAACAAUGUCUAGAGAUGCAAAAGAUUUAAUCAAUAGUCUUUUGUAAACCAAUCCUUAAUUGAGAUUAGGAGCAAAUGUAUUUAUAUUUUAAUAUUAAAAAAUAGGGAUAUGAUAGUAUCAAGAAUCAUUCAUAUUUUAGUAAAAUCAAUUGGUAAGAUCUUUAUGAACUAAAAGUGAAAUCCCCUUUAAAGACUUUUGCAGAAGAAAAUUCGAAUAGAUUAUAAAACUUAAAACCUUUGUAAACUUAAAUUAAAGAGACUCCUGUUAAUACUCCAAUACCUUAACUUAAUGACGUAAGUUUUUCAGGAAAUGAAAUGGAAAGAAAUAGUUCUUUCAAGUAUUAUUGA